UCAUAGUUCUACUUGCCCACUUCAACCCUUCCCAAAAAGAAAAAGGAAAUUUAUUUUUUUAGCCCAACAAAAAUUUAGAAUAAUGGAUGAUUGCUUGGAGAGAACUCAGAGCAUGAUCUCCAUGACAAAACCCAACUCUUCAUCAAAUGAUGAAGAAAUCCAAGCUCAAGUCGAAGUUAAGGAGGAGGAGGUUGUUGCAGAGUCCAAUGGCGGUGGGCUCAUCAACCAGCUCAUUUCUCACUUGCCAAGUUUCGAAUCCAAUGGAGAUAACACAAAUGUAACUGAAGAAGCAAAACAGGGGGAGAACAAAGAAGAAAAUAAUCGCGGUGGGGUCGUCGAUCAAUUGAUAACUAACUUGCCUUCAGUUUCUGUUCCGGUAUCAACUCCAGCUGCUCCGACCCCGGAUUCUGAAGAGGCAUCGCUGCUGAUUCACAUUGUUCAGGACUGAGAAGGCUUAAAUCUUCAGCGAUGCAAAGAUUUUCUGUCAACUUCUUCUUGUUUAUUUUGUUGGAUUCUGCUCAUAUAGCGUUGCAAAGUGUGUUGUGUUUUUUCAGUUAUUGAAUAAUACCAGAAAGAGAAAUAUUGCGCUGUUCAAGUAUCUGUUCUCAACAGUAAAGAAUACAACAGUGUUACAUAUUAUUGAAUACAAAAUUUGUUGCUAAUUAAA